AUGGCUGAAGAUCCAGCACCGCAGCAGGCACAAGGCAACAUAAACGUUCAUAAUCAGUCGGUUUCUAUACAACCCGUGCCAGAAUUUAAUCCCGAUGCAGAAGUGGGCACCAGUUUAGCAACGCGUUGGAAUACGUGGAUAGAAGAUUUCGAAAUGUUUGUCAUCGCUAGUGGUAUACAAGAUAAAAAGCAAAAACGUGCUUUACUACUCUAUCAAGCCGGUUCACGAGUACGUGAGAUAUUUCAACAGCUAACCGAAACAGGGACAGACAAAGAUUACAAUGUCGCUAAAGCAAAACUCAAAGACCAUUUUGAGCCGCAAAAGAAUCGUCGAUACGAAGUGUUUAAAUUUCGCGAAGCUAAACAAGAACCGAAUGAAACGCUUGACCAAUUUCAUACUCGAUUACGGUCGUUGGCGCAGACGUGCACCUUUGCUGAUGCUGAUUUCGAAAUAGAACAACAGAUUAUUAUGGCGGGUACUUCAUCACGAAUACGAAAGAAAGCUUUACGAGACCCUACAUAUAUUCUGAAAGAUAUUCUCGUUGAUGGACGGCGUGAUGAACAAAGCGCAUAUCAGGCACAAGAUAUCGAGGCGAAAGAUCCGAAAUACGACAAUUUAAACGAAGUGAAAUCGAAGCAACAAUGUCAUUUCUGUGGAGGUUCAUACCCACACAAAAGAACUUGCCCAGCAAAAGGGAAAGACUGUCAUAAAUGCGGGAAGCAAAAUCAUUUUGUGAAGGUUUGUCGGGGAAAACCGAAACGAGAGCAAAAAGAAAGCAAACGAUCCAUAAAUCCGCUUAAAAUUACGAACAGUGAUUCCGAUUCAAGCUCAGACGACUAUUUUUACGCAGUAAAAAGUAACAAAACACCGAAGGUUCGCGUGACAGUGUGUAAACAUUCAUUCGACGCGACAAUAGAUACGGGUGCAACAAUUAAUGUCAUUGACAAAACAACAUUUGAUAGAAUGGACGGAGUUGAGCUUAAGAAAACAAACAUCAAAGCGUUUGCAAAUAAUGCACAAGAACCAGUUAAAUUCCAAGGGAAAUUCGAAGCUACAAUCGAGACUCGAAAGCGUGUCGCCGUUGCAACCUUUUAUGUGGCACAAAUGCCAGACAGUGGAAAUCUGAUAUCUGCCACAACUGCCCAAGAUCUCGGGUUAAUCAGCCUACACAUUAACAAGGUGUCAAAGUCUAAAGAUGCAAAAAUUGACAAAAUGUUAUCGAAACAUGCGAAAGUAUUCAGUGGUUUGGGAAAAUUAAAGGACGAGAAAGUCAAACUGAACAUAGACCAAAGUCAGCAACCUAAAGCCCAACCGCAAAGGCGUAUCCCAUACCACAUUUGCGAGAAAGUGACAUGCGCAUUGGAAGAAUUAGAAAAGGAUGACAUCAUAGAACGGGUACCUGAAAACCAACCUACCCCAUGGGUAUCCCCCAUUUUAGCUGUACCAAAGAAAGACGGUAACGUAAGAAUUUGUGUAGACAUGAGACAAGCUAACGAAGCUAUAAAACUUGUGAGACAUCCAAUCCCUACAGUGGAAGACAUAAGCUUAGAACUAAAUGGUGCCAAAUGGUUUUCAAAACUAGACUUGUCGCAGGCAUAUCACCAACUAGAACUGGAUGAGGCUAGCCGGUAUAUCACAAUAUCUCUAUUAAACUAA